CACAUUUUAAUUUGUUGUUGGUGACACAAUUUGCCUCGGCCAAUAUUUUCCUUGCAGCGAUAAUUGACAUGCCGUCGAACAGCGCUGACAUUCCGCUUAAUGAUAUCAACGCCCCUUUUAAUACAAAACUGACCUUAAAACCUGCAGUGUCAAGUGUCCUGCCCCACGCCACAGCCGCUCUCGUAAAAUGCUAACCGUUCUCGGUAUAACUUUACUGCUAAAACAUUCACUAUGCGUAAAUCCAUCCAUUCUAUUUCAAGAAGUUCAAGCGUACCACAGCGAAACGAGUGCAAAGGCCGAUUUUGCUUUUCAAGUCGUCGAUAAAAUCUAUAACGCUUUCCGCCAAUGGUUUUUCACCAUAAUAUUCUGCGAGUUCACUUAUUUCGAGAACAGGAUACUGAAAUACACUGAGAAUUAUAACGACGGAUAUCCGGUAUUGCUCCUAGAUGGUUGCCCUAACAGCAAUAACAGCGAAACGAAACCCAGAAUCGACAAACACGGAAUGACAGCUUACAUUGUGACGUCCAACCAACUAACUGUAGAAAACAAUGAUUUAGUAAUAUACACCCUACGUAGAACAGGAGUGUUUAAGCCGAGAAGUGUAGUAAUCUUUGUCAUAAACAUAGAAGUGAAAAUGGACAGCUACUUCCACUAUGCCAUGAAAGAACAUUUCCAAUUAUGUUGGGGUAGAAGAAUACCCAACUCAAUUCUUGUACUGUGGUCCGAACGCUUGAGGAUGUACACUUACAAUCCGUUUUUUGAUCAAAUCAUAGAUGUAUCAAACGAAAUAAAUAUCGGAAGUUUGCUGUCCCGUCAAUACGAAAAUUUGUAUGGUAGGGAGCUUCGUCUGAGCGUAUUUAGAAAGCCUUUCAUCUAUGACGACACAGCGCAAAUUGAUUGCAGUUCGAGGUUAGCUUCGACUAUGAUGAGUAUAUUAAACGCUUCAUGCAACGCUUUAGCACCUCGAGACGGAAGCACAGUGGGAGACCUCCUGGACAAUGGAACGGCCACAGGGGUCACCCGCGACCUAAUAGACGGUUACACGGAUCUUGAACUGAACUCGCGAAUACUUAAAAAUUCCUACUACGGAUAUAUCGACACGACCUACCCUCUAUCGCAAGAUGAGCUGUGUUUCCUACUAAAGAAAGCUGGUCCCCAGUCAACAUUUAUGACAACGAUGAAAUUGAUCUCAACGGAUAUAUUCUUCAUAUUCAUGUUUAACAUAUUUUUACUGCUUAUAAUAGCAUUGGUGGUUCUUAAAGUCGAGAUCAGAUGGUGGGCUCCGAAAGAUACACAAUCAUCCGCAACGACUGUUAUAGAACUAGUAAAAUGCUUCAUAAGACAGACAGUCGUUAUCAAAUUCUUGGGACCAGUCUUCAGAGCAGUCGUGCUAAUCAUAAUCGUAUAUUCGCUGAUAAUCGACUGUGCUAUCGACGGAAUCUUAACGUCAGCGAUAACAUAUCCGCGAUACAAGCCCGAAAUAGAUUCGCCGGCUGCACUACUAGCGAGCAAUUUAACACUUGGCAUUCACAAUAGACAUCUACUACUCUUCGAUACGAGCUUGACUCCGGAGAUCAGACACCAACUCGAAGCCCAGAACAGGAUCGAGCCAUUUAAUGAUAAGAAAAUAAAAGCAUUUAUUGAUAAGCGCCAAUUUCAGUACGCAGUUCUCUUAAGAAAAAGCGAUGCUAAAUACAUAAGCAGAAAAACAUCUAACUUGAAAGAUGGCAGACCCCUAUUCCAUACAAUGUCAGAAUGUCCUUUGCCCUGCUCGAUAGUCUACGGGCUGCGCUAUGGAAGCCCUUACCUGCCAGUAAUAGAUAAAAAACUCCACUAUCUGUUCCAAGGAGGAAUCCUACAGCAAUGGGUCAGAACUGAGGAGUUCACGGUAAACUCUAAAAUUGGCAACGCAUUAUCUAGUAAUAAUAAAGAACGGAAGGCAUUAACUUUGUACAAUCUUCAAGAAGUGUUUUUCGUCCUAAUCGUGGGUUACGUGAUUAGUGGAAUAUUUUUUAUAGUAGAAUUCUGUCUACAUCUACACAAAGCUACAAGAGUUUAGA